GUCAUCCUCCACCAUUUCUGCCUGAGCGCUGGGAACAUGAAGGAUGCUUACGAGGCAAAAUCAUCAAAAAGAUAAGAUGACAACACAACACUGCUGGUGAGACACCUGCGCAUCAGCAGUGACAUAGAGGGAGCGCUCACAGUUUCCCACACUGAGUAGCUCAAACUUGGACCCAAUAUUCAACACAUCGUGGUAGUUUUUGAUCUCUACUGGUUUCUGCUCGAGGACCAACACUCACCAUGAAGUACAGGACGGUGGUGAUGUACAUGGAGAUCGGCUGCUUUGUGUCCUGUCUGUGUGGCUGGAUCCUGGUGUGUUCCACUCUCCCCACAGAGUACUGGACUUUCUCCGAGGUGGGCAGCAUCGUGCUGACCACCUCCAACUACUACUCCAACCUGUGGAAGGACUGCAUCUCAGAUACCACAGGGGUGUCUGACUGCAAGGAUUACCCCUCGAUGCUGGCUCUGCCUGCGUUCCUACACGCCUGCAGAGCACUCGCUGUCUGUGCCGUCAUCACUGGUUUCUUCGGAGGUGUCCUCACACUCGUCGGGAUGAAAUGCACUAAAAUAGGUGGAUCAGACAUCGCCAACGCCAGGGUGACCUUCGCUGGGGGUAUAACCUAUCUGGUUUCAGGAUUCUGUGGUAUGAUCACCUACUCGUGGUGGGCCAACAAAGUCAUAACAGAGUUCUUGGAUCCACAUUUCAGAGAACAGAAAUUUGAACUUGGAGCUGCAAUUUUCAUUGGCUGGGGAGGCUCCUUGCUUCUUCUCUCUGGGGGGACGGUGAUGACUUACUUCUCUGGAAAAGAAGGUCUCCCAUCAAGCUCUUCAGGAAGGCCACGGAGACCAGCCACUUACGCCACUGCCCGGACCAGACGGACCUACAUGCUGCCAGCCUCGUCGUCCAGAGUGACUCUUGUGCCACCGCUGUUUUAUGAAGGCAGGAAGAGCCGGGCAACCAGAGCUACAACGAGGACCAGCAGGACCUUUAACAGGGACAGCUUCGUCUGAGUGAGAGGGGAGCUGAGACAGUGACUUAUGAGACUUCAAAGGAAGUUUGGGGAGAUGUGCUUUCAUGCUGAGAAUGAGGUGAGAGGAUCAAUACCACUCAUGUCUGUAUGUUCGAUAUGAAGCCAGAGCCAGCACAUGGUUAGCUUAGCUUAGCAUUAAGACUGGAUACAGGGGGACACAGCUAGCUUGGGUAACAAAAUCGGACUACUUCCAUCUCUACAGCUCAUUAGUUAACACAUUAUAUCUCUGUUUUAAUUUCAGACAGAGCCGACUAACUGUUCAGCCCUGUGUCCUGUCUUUAUGCUAAGCAAAGCUAACCAGAUGCUGGCUCCAGCUUUAUAUUUGGCACACAGACAUGAGUGGUAUCAGUCCUCUCAUCUAACUGUCAGCCAGAAAGCACAUAAGCAUAUUCCCCAAAAUGCCACACUACUCCUUUAAUGAGGUGCUCAUGGCUGGAAAUAUGAAUUCUGUUGCUAAAGCAAAGCUUGGUUAUCCAGAUCCAGGUGUUGUUUUUUUUUUAACAUUUUGUAUUUAUAGCUAUUUCAUCAGGGAGCACCCACUGUCUGCUGAGCCUUUGAUUCUUUCCUGUCUGUCUGUCUGCUUUGUUCUUUUGAAACAGGCCAAAAGCUCCAGUUUAAAAGAGAAAUCAUGCACUCUCUUACAGCUAGAUGGCAUCAGAGCACAUGAUACGACUUAGUAUCUGUUUACAAAUCUGUUGAAAUUGAAGAGUCCUGCAUGAUUCAUUUACCUGACCUCACCUUUCUGGCUGUCUUGCCUUCAUCAGGGUGUGUCUUAGGUUGUAACCAGUUUCCUUUUAUACAUUAUUGAUCAGUCUUGUGACAUACAGAUAACCAGAGAUACUUUGUAUAUAAAACAGCAUUACAAUCACCUUUUUAAAAAAAUGUAUUUUUGUUCAAGGGAUCAUAUGUAUCUUUACCACAUUAAAAUGUCUUAAAAUGAAUACACCAGUGUUGUAUGUUUCCAACAAUGUUAAAACAUAGAGAAAUAUGGCAUUUUAAUCAAGGACAUGCUCCGUGUCAUUUCGUUGCUGUCACCCAUCUGUAGCAUCACAUCCCCUUUGCCUCUGCUGAGCCGAACAGCAUCGGACAAACACUGAUUUUUUCUUUUUUUUUUUUUUUACAUGAAACUGCUUUAUUCAGCAUUUAUACUGGUUUAAAUUACUGGGUCUGUUUGUUUUGGACAGAAAGAUACCUUAGCAGAUAAUUCACCUCCUGGUAAAAACCUCCUGAAUGUCUGUAUCUGAAGUUAUCAGAGAGAAACGCGAGCAUACAUUAGUGGGAGCUGGGCUAGCAGCCUCUCAGCGACAAGCCAAACAGCAUCGAAGAAACGGAUUUUUCAAUGAAAACUGUUUUUUUUCCUAUGUUUUUACUGGUUUAAAUCAUGGCGUCCCUUAGUUUAGA